GAGAGAGAGAGCAAGCAACAACAGCGACCCUCCUUCUUUUCAGUCCCUCCAGCCACGCGUCCACUGCCAGGAGCUCCUGCUGCCGCUGGUGACCAGACACGACCAGACCCGCUUCAGACACCCAGCCGCCCGGUUCCGACUACAUUCACUGGAGGAAAGUCUUCCAUCGGACCGCGAACGAGACAGAGAGAGAGAGGUCCUGGCCAGAGACAUUUUUACAGGAAACGAUACUCAACUCCGUUCGCUGUCUUUCUGAAGAGAUGAUGAUGAUGAAGAUCGAGAUGAUGGAGGCCAAACUCUUGUUUGCUCUUUGUGCGCUUUUGCUCGUUAACAUGGGGUCCGCUGGUGAAGCUGCUAACUCAACGACUGUGCAGAAACCUGAACCCACCAAGAGUGGAAACUCAGUGACUCAGCUGCCAUUAGUGGCCCCUGUUGCUUCCAACCUUUCCACUGAAACUGGAACCAACAAAACCAACACGACCGGAACUUUCUCCGCAUCCACACCACGUACGACUCAAUCAUCAUCGGAUCACAGCACAGCUUUACAUGAUGCUCCGCCCUCUUCUACACCUUCAAACAACUCCGCUCAAAAUAAAACCUCCUCCGCUACUCCCGACUCAAUGCCUAACACCACGAUGACGACGGCGGCGUCUAACGCCACGUCGUCCAACGCCACGUCGUCCAACGCCACGUCGUCCAACGCCACGUCGUCCAACGCCUCGUCGUCCAACGCCUCGUCGUCCAACGCCACGUCGCCCAACGCCACGUCAUCCAAUGACUCGUCGUCCAACGCCACGUCGCCCAAUGCCACGUCGUCCAACACCACGUCGUCCAACGCCACGUCGUCCAACGCCUCGUCGUCCAAUGACUCGUCGUCCAACGCCACGUUGCCCAACGCCACGGUGCCCAACACCACGUCAUCCAACGCCACGCCACCCAACGCCACGUCGUUUCGAGGCACCACCACUUCUCAUCCAUCCACAAAUACUAAUCAGUCCAGCUAUGCAACAACUAAACCCUCCCUGGUCACCACCACGGCUCUGCUGAACAUCACCUCCACCCAUUCAGGGAGUUCAUCCCAGCUCAACAUACAGGGCAGCAAUUUUCAUGACUCUCCCGGACUGGACCCCCUUCUGGUUGGCUUGGUGUCGGCAUUCGUCAUCACUGCCAUCGUCAUCACGCUGCUGCUCUUCCUCAAGUUCCGCAGAAGACAAAACGGACCACGGUUUCACCGGCUGCAGGACCUACCAAUGGACGACAUGGAGGAAACGCCCCUGUCCAUGUACACCUACUGAAGGGGUGUGGAGGCCCAACCAAAGUCUUUUCUACUCUUGAAACCAGGACAGUAAUGCUGUGGUUGUUGAACCGGAUCUUCUUAAUUAGCACCAAACAGAAAUCCACAUGGGUAGCAGUAAGUUUAUGUCUGGAUUGCUUUUACUUACCCAGAUUAUCUGGACGCUUAUCAGACACGGACCUAAUUUAAAUGGAAGUUUAACGAUGAAACAGCCAGGAGGAAUCCCUUUGGAAAGUGAUCUGUGUUUGGUGUGUGAUUUUUUUUUUUUUUUUUAAACUGGGGGGGAAAAGCCUUUGUUCACUUCUGUAUAUAUAAAGUUUGAGGUUGUAAAUAUUGUUUUGCCCUUCAAGUGGUUGAUAAAAGGUAAAGCAGAAGGAAACUGCUUUCGGUCCCCUCAGUCAGUGACGCUUAGACCCAGGCUGAGGCGAUCGUGACGCUUCGUUGGGUUUAAGUCGGUACAGAGAGGAAAAGGAGGGAGGGAAGAAGAAACCUGAUUUUUCUGUUAAGAAAUUUGCACUUUACUUUUCAGGGGUAAGUGAUGAGGGUAGACAGAGAGAAAUUUGAUUCUGGGGAAUUUGGAAAAAUGGAUUUUGUAAAUAGAUUAUCGACAUUGUGCUUUUAAUUGGCGGGUUUUUGUUGUUGGUUUUUUUGUUUUAAGCGUUAAUAGAUUUGUGUCUGUCAGUUGCGUACCAGUGAGGAGUUGCAGGCCUGGCAGGGAUUACUUAGCGUUUGAUUGUUGAAGGUUCUGUUGUCCUCAGGCAUUUAGUCCAGAGUGCCUUACACAUUUCAAUGAAAAGACCUUCCUUGAUUUCUCAGUUUAUUUGCCAGAUGAACAAAAUUAGUUUUCAGAUUUUAGCAAUUAUCAUGUUGACACCCAGCCAAAGUAAUGAAGCCGCGCCGUUUACUUGCUGCAGUUCUUCAGUCGGCACCGAUGGAAAAUAAAGGUUGGACGCUUAGCGUUAGCAUUGCACAUACUACUGAUGCUGAUUGCCAACAUAUAAAGGGCGAAGCAGUCUCCGUUCAAAUUCAGCACAAAUUUAGAAUAAGUGGAGCCACUUGGCAACACGUUGUUUUACGUUCAGAAGUAUUUUGUAGAUUUUUACUGUACAUAAAAUUUAUGCAAAUAUUCAAAUGAAAAGGGUGUAGAUGUGCAUUAUAUCCAUUUAGGCAUGGGCUGGUUAUCCGUAUGACAUCUGUACUUCACAUCACUUGGUUCAUAUUACCUUAUGGAUCUGAAAGUUUUAUAAUAAAGUAUCAGAGAAAGUGCUGCUAACUUGAUACUGCUGCAGUGUUCCAUCCCCCUCCCCCACCUAUUGCUUCACAAUGCCAGUCGCCUUGCUGAAAGAAGACAACAGCACAUUCCCUCGCUUACAAUAUGACUUUUUUGCAUCGGGUAAACAUUUCUGGUAACCACAAAUGGUCGUAGGUUGAAAGCUAAAGGACAGACACCCAUCCACCUGGCACUUGGAUGAUGUUAGAAAUUGAUUUUGAAUUCAGGCGUGACAUUUCAUGAGACUGUUUUAAUUCUAGGUUGCCACAGAGAAAGUCGUACUGAGCCAUGCCUAGAUCCAACGCGGAAUCAAACCCGACGAGUCUGAACUCAGUUUUUUGUGUCAUUGUAUGUCUGCAGGAACCACUGUUUCAAUUAAAAUGCAGCAGAAAUUUAGAAUGUGCAAGUUGCACGUUAUUUGUUUUAAAUUGUACAUAUUCAUAAAGCAAUGUUACGUUUUCCUGAUGUUAGUUGAUUUUUCAGCAUCUCAAUGGCAGAAAUGGUCUCUGUGUGGCUGAGGCUGCAGGUCUUUAAAGCCCACAGCAAAUCAUUCAUUCAUCAAUGUCAUCAUCACAUGUGUUAAAUGAAUAUUUCUGCCAAUUUGUAAGUCACAGAUUGCUUUUUUUUAUGAUUAAAGAUGGUUUUUCUCCCGUGUCAGACGUCUGCCAUAACCAACUCUGACUUCAGCGGCACCAACUCUGAA